AUGACGGCCAGGGGAGGUCGAAGAAUAGAUGAAGAAUUUGUCUUGAGAAAGGUUGCGGCAGAAAUCUUCAGAGACGGCGUGGCGUGUGUGGUAAGAGAACUGUCGCCAGCGAAGCUUCUCAGAGUUGAUCUUGAGGCGCGAUCGCCAUCGUCAAAAGUCCAAGUCGGUCGAGAUGAGGAGAGGGCACAACGGGGCGUCGACUAUAGAUGUCUGGUUGUUCGAGAUUUGAUGAGGAGCGCGGCUGAUGUCGAGCGAAGCGGUAUAUACAGGAAGAGGGCUAGGUUGAGUGGACCUGAGUUAGGCGUGACAAAACUCGAAUGCAGUCAUCGAGAAGGAGACAAUAAUCGCAAGUUGACGGUGGUCGGCGCAUUGACGAUCUUCAAACCCACAGCCGCCUCCAGCGCCUUGGCUCAGGGCUCUAACCUCAUUUAUGCUCAGCCUCGAUGA